CACUAGUGUAGUAGCGUGACACUCUCUAUGAAUCACGUGAAUUCAUUAUUUUUUUUGGAUUGCACUGAUGACAUUGUUUUUUUCUUUCGGGGUUACAUAGUUGUUGUUUUUUUGUGCUAUUUACAUAAUUUGGAAACUCAGCAGUUGGCAGUUGUAAUGAUAACGGAUAAAGGUCAAUGCAAUAAGAGCUACUUAUGUGUUCAGAUGAUCUAUUAGGAGCAAGGCUUUGAGAUGAGCUCUCAGAAAAGUUCUCCAGGACCCAAGGGGGGCAUUACACCCUUUCAGCAGAUGAUGGCGUCUUGCUCUGGGGCAGUUAUUACGUCACUGUUGGUAACACCUCUGGAUGUGGUGAAGAUCAGACUGCAGGCACAAAAUAAUCCCUUUCCCAAAGGAAAAUGUUUUGUGUACUGUAAUGGCCUGAUGGAUCAUAUAUGCGUCUGUGAGAAUGGCAAUUCAAAGGCAUGGUACAAAGCCCCUGGUCGUUUCAACGGCACUUUGGAUGCCUUUAUUAAGAUUAUACGUAUGGAAGGAAUCAGAUCACUUUGGAGUGGCCUUCCUCCAACACUAAUGAUGGCGGUGCCUGCGACCGUGAUCUAUUUCACAUGUUACGAUCAGCUCUGUGCUGUUUUCAAGGUCAGGAUGGGAGACCGAUCGGAUCUGGCACCACUGUUCGCCGGCGCAAUUGCGAGAGUGGGCUCGGCCACAGUAAUCAGCCCCCUGGAGCUGAUCCGCACAAAGAUGCAGGCUGAGAAACAGUCGUACCGGGAGCUGAGUGCCGUGAUCCGGUCAGCGUUGCACAGCGAGGGCUGGCGGUCUCUGUGGAGGGGCUGGGGAGCCACGCUGCUCCGAGACGUCCCCUUCUCAGCUAUGUACUGGUUUAACUAUGAGAAGGGUAAAGUAUGGCUCUGUGAAUACUACAGCUGUACAGAUCCAACCUUUAGCAUCACAUUCACAGCUGGAGCGCUUUCUGGAUCGAUUGCGUCUAUCGUCACACUGCCAUUUGAUGUGGUCAAGACAAAACGACAGGUAGAACUGGGUGAAAUGCAAACAAAGAAGUUGUCCACGCAAGUCUCCUCCAGCACAUAUAAUGUGAUGAAAAGGAUAGUUGCUGAAAAUGGAGUAUCAGGACUAUUUGCAGGUUUUAUGCCAAGGCUGAUUAAAGUGGCUCCGGCAUGUGCUAUUAUGAUCAGCUCAUAUGAGUUCGGAAAAGCUUUCUUCCGCAGAUACAACCAGCAGAAACAGGGGGUGACCCAACUGCAGCCCAGCGCAUGAUCUCACACAGCAAACCACUGAAUAAGAACAACACUUGAUCACAGGCCAGAUAAAUUAACUACAGAUUACUGCAUGUUUUUCCUAUCAUGCAUUAGUUCUUGCUGUCUGUCUAAAGCAGGGGUGUCCAGUCCUGCUUAUGGAGGGCCACUGUUC